UGUGAGAUGAGUAAAACUUCCCAGAAGUUAUCAAAGGUCUGCUGCCCUGUCCAGCAGGCACUCUGCUGACAGCACCCUUCCUCCUACAGCUCAACUCCUCAUACAGACCUAAGGAAAAAGACAUAGUAACCAAGAAGUCUGCACAAUGCCACAAAACGUUGUUCUCCAAGGACCAGCACCCUGGGGAUUCAGGCUCUCAGGAGGAAUAGAUUUUAAUCAACCCUUAAUCAUAACCAGGAUUACACCUGGAAGCAAGGCUUCAGCUGCCAACCUGUGUCCUGGUGAUACUAUUGUUGCUAUUGAUGGUCAAAGCACAGAGAACAUGACACAUAAUGAUGCCCAGGAGAAAAUUAAAGCAGCUACACAUCAGCUUUGUUUGAAAGUUGAGAGGACAGAAACUAAAUUAUGGUCCCCACAAGUGUCAGAAGAUGGCAAAGCACACCCAUACAAGAUAAAUUUGGAAGCUGAACCACAGGAUAUGAACUACUUUGAACACAAGCACAAUAUUCGGCCCAAACCUUUCGUAGUCUCAGGCCGAAGCAGUGGAUGCAGCACUCCUUCGGGGAUUGACUGUGGCAGUGGACGCAGCACUCCCUCUUCAAUUAGCACUGUUAGCUCUAUCUGCCCUACCGAGCUGAAAGCAGUAUCUAAGAUGGCCCCUAACAUUCCCUUGGAAAUGGAACUUCCUGGUGUCAAGAUUGUACACGCUCAGUUUAAUACACCUAUGCAGUUGUACUCAGAUGACAAUAUCAUGGAAACACUGCAAGGCCAAGUUUCUACAGCUCUGGGGGAAACACCUAUAAUGAGUGACCCGGUUCCCACCUCAGUACCCCAGUCUGAUGUGUACAAGAUGCUGCAUGCCAAUCAGGAGGAGCCCAGUCAACCUCGCCAGUCUGGCUCCUUUAAAGUGCUCCAGAAUUUAGUCUCUGAAGAAGAUGGACGUCCCAUGGGCACAAGAAGUGUGAAAGCACCUGUAACAAAGAUACCAACCGGCACGGCGAAUGUCCAGAAAGUGCCACUGUGUGACAAAUGUGGGAAUGGCAUUGUAGGAACAGUGGUGAAGGCACGUGAUAAGUACCGGCACCCAGAAUGUUUUGUGUGCUCUGACUGCAAUCUGAACCUGAAACAAAAGGGCUACUUCUUUGUGGAGGGACAAUUAUACUGUGAAGCUCAUGCACGAGCUCGCAUGAGACCACCAGAGGGAUAUGAAGCAGUUACUGUUUACCCAAAAUGCUAGUCUUACAUUAACACACAAUUAUAUGCAUGCACACAAAAAGCCAUUAACAGCUUAGGACAGCAAUACACUGUCAGGACUUUGGUCUGAAUCCAAAGUAGUAGCUUUUAAACCUUUUCUUAUGGCAUUCAGAGUGAGAUGGAGCAUAAUUAUACGAAUAAAAUUAGUAGCAUAAUUAUACCAAUAAAAUUCUGCUAAAGUAUUAUCUUCAAAGAUGACAAUAUAAUUCAAUGGAGUGUUAACUGAAAGAGUCCUGAUAUCAGCUGUACUGGACUAAAACACUGAAACAGCUGAGGUCUUAUAUAAUUAUUGUAGUACACACAUAUACUGUAAUGAAGACAUUAUUUUUAACACAAAUUAAAUAUCAGUGCAAACAUCACAGCCAUUAGAGGCCCCGCUGUGUUACAGGCUGGGCCCUACCAAAUUAAGACACCUGACAGAUCAUUAGCAAAGCAGCUAUUUUACGUGAAGAGUACAAAACAACUCACUGGUCGUGUCCGCUUCAACCAUCUACUCUUUAAUUCAUUAAUAUGCCACAUAUACGUUUUGCUUACCUUGCUUUGGAUCUGGGGUUUUAUUUACUUAAUUUUCUGAUGCAACAAGUGUAAUAAGGAAUUAAUAUCAAUUGAUAAAAUAAAACAGCUACUAAAAUAAAGACUUCUUAGUAAAAAGCAAAAUAGAACUUCUAUGUUGUUUUAAUGAUUUGCAAAGUGCAAAUUGCAAUGAAAUUAGCUUUCACUUCACUUAGCAGAAAGUUGUUGAGGCACACACAAAUUCAUUGUUCUUGGAAAAGAAAGAAUUUGUGCUAACAGGAGUUCACUGUAAAUUAAGAAUGAAAGUAAAUUUAAAAGCUUUUCUGUAGAAAAUGGUACUUCUGCCUCGCCAUCUUUCAAUUUUCAUAAUAGAAACAAUGUGAAAAUAUGAUCGUAAUAUCUUUACUGGCAGUAAAUUAAAACUUGGACAAAUCUACUAAGUUUUAUAUGAAGUGUACAAGAGAUGACCAACUUCAGUGGCAAACAAUCUUAUAUUCUUUUCCCAUUCUACAAUACAAGAAGCUUAAAAUGUAAGAAAAAUAUGAAACCAAAAUAAGAAGCUGUAUAUACUUUAAAUUUAUUCUAAAAAAUCAGAUGUGUCCCAAAGCCUGAAAUACAAUAGCUGCAUAAUCAAAGUUUUCAAGUUCUGUUAAAGUACUAUUUCAGAAUUAAAACAUUUUAAAAAUGUAUCACUGCAUUUAUAAUUUAUGUCUGCAAAAUAAAAGCAUAUAGUGAUGCACCUUUUUAAA